GAGGAGGGGGGGGGGGGGCAAAACAAAAAAUUAUAUAUAUAUAUAUAUAUAUAUUUAGGAGCCCUUUCGGAGGAAACUAAAUGCAGAAUAAAACACACACAGUCCGGCAGAUUCGCGUCUCUCAAAAGACAAACACAGUUAUUCACUAUUAGCCCCGAGCCAGGUACUCACGGCGGAGGGCGCUCUGUCUGCGGCUGCAUGCGCAAACAGUGGAGGCAACUUGUGGGGAAAAGAAACAUUUGGAGGAACAAUUUAUUGUGAAGUGUGUCUGGGGGGGGUGGGGGGGGGACUCGGGAGAGUCGCAUCAUGCCACAUUCCAGCGCACUGUGCGUGUACUUUUUCACGCUCCUGAGCCCGGUGGUGACAUUCACCGAGGACGUGGAGGUGUUGGUGUUCCUGCCGCAAAACAACUCCUACCCGUUCUCGCACGCGCGGGUCGCGCCCGCGAUCUUUUACGCGCAGCGGCGGCUGAGGGCGGACGGGGGACGGUACUCGGGCUUCCGCUUCAACGUCCAGUUCGAGGACUCCGACUGCGUAAACGAUGCCCUGUUCGGGCUGGUGGACAGGUCGUGCGCGCGCAAGCCGGACAUGAUCCUGGGGCCGGUGUGCGAGUACGAGGCGGCGGCGGUGGUGAGGCUGGCGUCCCGCUGGGACAUCCCGGUGAUCUCGGCAGGUGCCCUGGCCGCCGGCUUCGGCGACAAGCACGGCGAGUACUCUCACCUGACCCGCAUCGCGCCGUCCCACGUGAAGAUGGCGGAGACGUUCGCCGCGAUGUUCGAGCACUUCACGUGGAGGAGUGCGCUGCUGGUGUACGAGGACGACAAGGCGGAGCGGAACUGCUACUUCACGCUGGAGGGGGUCUACCACCUGAUGGCCGACUUCAACAUCAAGACGUACGCGUUCUCCCAGGAGGAGCGCGUGGACACCGAGGACGUCCUCCAGAACAUCCAGGACACCGAAGUGGUGAUCAUGUGCAUGGGAGCGGACAAAAUCCGAGAGAUCAUGCUGGCUGCACACAGACGACGGUUGACCAACGGCAGUUAUAUGUUCUUUAACGUUGAACUCUUCAACGCCUCUUCUUACGGCAAUGGUUCGUGGAAGAGAGGAGAUAAAUACGACAAUGACGCGAGGCAAGCCUAUGCUUCUCUGAACACGUUGACACUGCUCAGGACAGUCAAGCCCGAGUUUGAGAACUUCUCCAUGGAAAUGAAAAAGUCCAUCGAAAAAGCUGGGUAUCAUGACUGCAAAGACUGUGGAAGUGUCAACAUGUUUGUCGAGGGAUUCCAUGAUGCCAUGUUGCUGUAUGCCAUUGCCUUGCAUGAAGCCAUGAAAAAUGGUUACAGUAAGAAGAACGGAACAGAGAUCACCUCACGCAUGUGGAACAGAACUUUUGAAGGGAUCGCUGGUCAGGUAUCAAUGGACGUCAAUGGUGACAGAAAUGGAGAUUUCUCUUUGAUGGCGAUGACGAAUGUUGAAGCAGGAACCUUUGAGGUGGUGGCCAACUACUUUGGUGAAAAUGGAACUUUUCAGCUGCUGCCUGCCUUCAACACGGACCAUUUCACGCUGAAAGGAAGACAUAUAGCACACACAGAGAUAGCGGACAAAUCAUGUGGACUAGGAGUAUCGGCUUUGACUGGAGUCAUAGUAGGAGCUGUUCUAGGAACUGCCAUGCUUAUAGCAUUCUACUUUUUCAGAAAAAACUACAGGAUUACCAUUGAGCGCCGCACGCACAGUGAAGAGUGCGACAAUGGGAAGCACCGUCAGUUACGAGAGGACUCCAUCAGAUCGAACUUCUCCGCAGCUUAAUCGGCGUCAGCCCCCCAAGAAUCACAUCUGAAUGUGACCAAAGACUUUGCUAUGGUUGUCAUUGGAACCAUGCUGUUAAUUAAACAUGAGACAUUUUUUGUAUUUGUAUCCUUUAAUAUUUUGACUUAUUGUAACUCAGGACAGUUGUAACAGUCACAAAGCACCACUUACUUGGAUUGUCCUCCGUACAAAAGGUAUAUGAUUGUAUUGGUGUAUAGAAAGCUUUAGCCAUAAUGUUCUUUUAAAGGUUUUAUAUACAAUAUUUAGAGCAUAAAUAUAGCAGCAAACAUCUAUUUGCUGUGUAAAGAUAACAUUAAGUAACGGGGUCCUGAACAGAGAAUUAAGUCACACUCUGAGCUUCUCUGGUCUUGUUUUUGGUAACCUGGCAGGCAGUGUGUGCACGUUGGAGAACGUGAGUCCAUUCCCUCCCGCCCCACUGACUAGCUUUCCACUGCCGCUCUGCACAGCACUCAUACGCCGGUAACCGCUGACAAUGCUGUCUAUACCCAGGCAGCAACCUUUGGUUCUGGCUAGUGAAGCCGAUGCGGAAGUGUCUUAAAACUUGCAUCCUCUCUACUGACCAGCAGGGGGCGACUCCUCAGGGUGC